AUGUGGGCGGGACUAUACGAGUCCCUCAAUUGGUUCAGAAUACACCUCCUCGCGUUUACCUUCCUCCCCCUCAUCUUCUCUGGCUUCUUUGCAGCUGCCAACCCCGGUGCAGGACCUAUCGCCAGCUAUGGUGCCUUUGUCACGCAAUACAUCGACAACCUGUUCAUGUGCUUCUCGGCCAUGACGGGGAGUGGGGUGUCGACGAUCAGUCCGAGCCAGCUACAGACUGCCCAGCAGGCAUUCCUACUAGUCUUGAUCAUCCUGGGAGAUAUUACUGUUGUGAGCCUCAUCACGCUCGGAUGUAGGCUAGUGUGGUGGCAUCGCCAGUGCGGCCGAAUCGUUCGCUCUACCCUGGUUGACGACCUCUACAAGCGGCAUGGCGCCUCGCUCGAUACCCAGCUGGAGAAUGGCCGCGCAGACGAGCCUGGAACCGACUCCAGAGAUGAUGAUGGGGAUCAGGGCGACUCUCAGGAUGGUGGACGACAUCGCAACAAGGAUAGCGGGAACCAGAGGGAGGUCCGAGCCCGCCGCAAUCAGCCCAAGUCGGACGACUCCAAGCGAGGCCGCGCGGUAGUCCCGCACGCGUCCUCUGGUCAGAAGCGGCACUCUGGUCGAGGCGGCUUUCCGGGCGUCUACGAAGUCGCACCCAACGUCCUGCGCCUCAUCUCCCCCAGCUCGCACUCCUACCUAUCCGAUCUGCUUCGGCAAAACGACAAUCCAUCCAGGACUCCUCGCGAAGCUAUCGGGGAUGCCAUCAAGAAGCCAUUCAAGGAUCGAGAGGAAAAGAGCGAGAGGCGACACGCACUGGCGGCCGCUUGGCUACCGAAAGGCGUCAGGCGGGUGGUGACAAAUGAUCGUUCAGAGUUCUUCGAGGAGGAGCUCAAUGAAGAGGAUUUAGAGGUGUUGGGUGUGCUGGAGUACCGGGCCACCAAAUUGAUGAUGGUCAUUCUUUUCGCGCAUCUGGUCUUUUGGAUCAUGAUGCCGUCGUCUGUCAUUGCCAUCUACUUUGCUCGUGUUCACUACUGGGACGCAAGCUUUGUCGCGAAUGGUGCAACGCAGAUUGGCAAUGUUCACACUACGUGGUUCGCGUUCUUCCAGGGCGUCUCCGCAUACGCUAGCUGUGGACUAUCCCUAGUAGACGAAUUGAUGUUGCCCUUUCAGAACUGCUACCUCCUCAUUUGGGUCCUCUUCUUCCCCAUGUUGGCGGGAAAUCAGGUACUCCCCAUCUUUCUUCGAUUCGAGGUCUGGAUCCUGUCCAAGAUCUUCCGAGACGGCAGCGAGACUUCGGUCCUACUCCACUUCAUUCUGACUCACGGCCGACGCAUGUUCUUGUAUCUGUUCCCAGCAUAUCAAAGCUGGUGGCUCCUGUUCAUCGAGUUCUUCUUGUGGGCGUUGGGCACAGUGCUCUUCAUAGCCUUCAAUCAGGGCUUGGGAUACUACGAUACGCUCGGUGCGCCCUUUGAGCGAUUCUCGGUCGCGCUCUUUCAAUCCCUCUGCGCCCGCGCAACGGGAUUUGACAUUGUACAAUUGGCCUAUCUCGCUCCUGCUACUCCCUUCCUGUACACAAUGAUCAUCUUUACGAGCAACUACCCCGUCGUCAUGGGCAUCCGCUCGACCAAUGUUUACGAAGAACGAGCACUUGGUCUGAACGCCGACCACGCUCCGGGCCAGCACAACGAGAAAUCCGAGCGAGACCACGGAAAGGGUCACAUCUACUCGAAAUACCUCAAACAGCACCUCCUCCCGCAGAUCUACUUUGAUCUGUGGCCAGUCUUUGUCGGAACGCUGCUCAUCUUGAUCAUUGAGCGGACGAACCUCGUGGAUCCGAAUAACUCGGGAUGGAUCGGAGUGUUUCAGAUACUGUUUGAGGUGACGAGCGCGUAUGCGAACGUAGGGUUGAGCUAUUCGAACCCGUUCAACAAGUCCAGUCUUACUGCGACAUUCCGCAAUCUGAGCAAGUUCAUUGUGAUUCUCUUGAUGCUGCGCGGUCGACAUCGUGGACUGCCGCUGGCGAUAGAUAGAGCGACGAUGUACCCAGUGGAGUAUGAGCGGUUGAGCCCUGGUCAGCGGGAGCAUGUAGAGGAAGAUAGAAUACAAGAAGCAGGCGAGGAAGCAGAAGAUGAGUGA